AGGCCUGUGGUUGGGAAGAAGGCUCCAGCACACAACCACGAGACUGAGUGUUCACGAGACACUCAGUCCUCCAGUUCCACUUCUCGCCGCUACUUGCAAACUUCUCACACCCAGAAGGCCAAGGUGUUGGACACAUACCUUCCCAGCUUGAAGAGGAGGAGACUCAAUGAGAAGAAUGGAGCCAAUGACAUGGCCAAUUUCCUUAAUCAGUAUGAGGUGCUGCACAAUAACAGGAGACCACUCAACCUGCUGGAUGCUUUGGAACAAGCCAGCAAUACCAUUGAAGAGGACGAGCAAAAGAAGCUGGGUGUCCCUGAGGAUUUGUCUCAAGAACGUAAACCCAGCAGGGCUAAGAAAUUCCUGGCGGACAUGAAGAAGUCCCUGAGUCAGGUCUGCUGUCACCGCAUCAUACGGGCGCUGCACACCUACGAAAAGACUGAUGACCUGGAUCACCUGCUGACUGAAACCGCAUUUUUAGGCAAAGACACUAAUACUCAGAAUCUCCUACAUGGCCUCUACCAGUUUGUUCGCCCACACCACAAAAAGAGGUUUGAUGAAAAUUGCCAGGAGAUGGCAAGGCAGGGCUGUGGAUACAAACCUGAUCACACUCUGUCCAAGGAUGGGGAGAAGACAGUAAUGCUGCAGAACGACAAGUCCAAGUAGUUUGGAGAUGACAUUUGGGUGGAAGAUGUCAGACUGGCGUAUCACCUCUUCCAGGAUGUCUCCUAUUCCAGCAGAGAAGAUGACUUGUCAUUUGAGGACAACUUUACAAAAAUGUUUUCAACGUUCAAUAAAAUAAACCAGCCAUUCAGUGACUCCCGUACCUCAGCUUGGCUUCAGAGUUGUGUUCUUAUGAACGUAUGUAUGUAUA